GAUGUGCUUAGAAAACACCCUCGGCCAGAAACUUCUUUUACAGUCAACUGUUGCUGCACGUCUUUGUUUUGUAACAGGAUCAUGCUAUUGCUAUGGAUUUGCAUGGAAGUUUUUCAGAUUCAUCUGCCUGAAUUAAUCCAGCUAGUUCGAUUUAAAUCAAUUAGGAAUAAAUUAAGAGAACAGAAAGAACUGGAUGAGUUUUUGAAACAUCACCAACUCGGCAUUUUUGCUCUGAAGUAUGCACACUGUUAUCCUGCGGACAUUACCUUUUGGCAUUCUGGCUCUGCUUCAGAGAGAUUGUAUAAUUACAUGGAUGCACAGUACUAUGGAGAGGUGACCAUUGGCACUCCACCACAGCGAUUUACAGUGAUAUUUGACACUGGAUCAUCGAACUUUUGGAUACCAUCAUCAUAUUGCAUCAGUGAGGCCUGCAGAGUGCAUCAAAAAUUUGAAUCAUUUUUGUCAAAGACAUAUACACAUAGUGGAGAACACUUAGCUAUCAAGUAUGGAACUGGACAAAUCCUAGGAAUUGUGGGCAAAGACAAAGUAACGAUUUCUAAUCUUACCAUCUGGGAACAAGAGUUUGGAGAAUCUGUUUUUGAGCCUGGGUUGACAUUUAAACUAGCUCAGUUUGAUGGAAUACUGGGUUUAGGAUACCCAUCUUUGGCAGUUGGAGGUGCUACUCCAGUAUUUGAUCGAAUGAUAGAACAGCACAAAGUCAACAGUCCAGUGUUUUCCUUUUUUUUAAAAAGAGGAAAAGGUGAUUCUUAUGGCGGAGAAUUGCUGCUGGGUGGCAUAGACCAUGCUCUGUACAAAGGCACACUGAACUGGAUACCUGUUACUGAGAAGGGUUACUGGCAAAUCAAAAUGGACAAUAUAAAAAUACAAGGGAGCGUGGCUUUAUGUUCAGAAAGUUGUCAGGCUAUCCUUGACACAGGCACCUCUUUAAUUACUGGACCCUCUAAAGAUAUUAAAAGAAUUCAAGAAUCAAUUGGUGCAUCACCUACAGUGUAUGGCGAGUACUACAUAGAUUGCAGACGACUGUCUAGCCUGCCGAGUAUUACAUUUACUAUUGGAGAAGUUGAGUAUACACUGACAGCUGAACAAUAUGUUUUGAAGGAGACUGAAAAAGAGACAACGGUAUGUAUCAGUGGAUUUCAAAGUAGUGACAUAGUCACUCCAUCCGGGCCACUCUGGAUCCUUGGCGAUGUUUUUAUAACGGAAUUUUAUAGCAUUUUUGAUCGUGGGAAUGAUAGAAUAGGACUAGCUAAAGCAAACAAUCACCACCUUAAGCCAUAAUGUUUUCAGUAAAUUGAUUAUAGUUGAAAAUGCAAAUACAUAUGGCCAUGUUUUAUUGACAUUUGUUCCUGUACCUACAGGUGUGUUUGUGUCCUCAGUCAUGUUGCUUGCAUCCCUGAGUAACACACACACACACACACACACACACACACACACACACACACACACACACACACACACACACACACACACACACACACACACAAACGCACACUUUGUGCUUAUAGUCCACCUUUCCUUCCAUGUCCCAUCCAGUACAUAACCUAAUAAACCUAAACUCACCUCCAGCAACCAAAUUCAUAGAACACAUGUUUGUAUAACCCUAGCACUUCAAUCUCCACCACAAUACAGUUCAUUAACCCCCUGUCUCCAUUCAGUAUACAGAACAUACAUAACAAAAAUACCUCUUGUAUAACAAAUCCCUGACUCAUACAGCAGAAAAAGAACCCCACCAUGUUUAUGUCCAUCUACCAUAUGCACCACCCUUUACAUUUCAGUCCAGUAGGAAGCUCAUUCCCCAGCACACCUAUUUUAAUUUUACCCUCCCCUUAACUCAGCUUCUGACACAUAGUAAUAAUGUAAGCAUUUACUCCCCCUUGCUACAGAAUUCAAGGCACACAUAUUACUAUUAUGAAGCUAUUCUUCUAUGAAGUUCUUGGUACCCAUACUCUUAUGAACCCUUCAUCUUUGAUAUGUUUUUCCUAGUGCUCCUGUUACUAGCCUCCCCCCCCCCACACUCACAAUAAAGACCCUGGCCCACAUAUUACUACAAAAUGUCCCCUAACUUUUAAUUUCAUUUCUUAACAUACAUAGUUAUGGCUAUUUCAGUGCCUAACAAUUUUCUUAAACAUUGCUCUUCCACUGGUCACAGUUUUGUUUUCAUUUUGCCCCCACCUAUAAAAGGCUGUAUCUCCAAUGCCAGGGCAGUCAGUUUUAAAAUAUGAUUAGUCUGUGCAUUAAAAGAUGAAGCAACUGUGCUAUUAAUUUUUGUUUGAUUUUGUUUGAUUUUUUUUCUGCCUUAACACUUUGAAUUGAAAUACUUAAAAAAAACAUAAAUUUCAAGGUCAAAUAAAUAUUCUUUUUAGAUAUGAUAUGAUACAAUGCUAUAUCAAUGCAAUAUAUUCAUAGCAUUUCUAGUUGUCUUCCUGAAUAAAACAAUAGAUACAAGUUUGCUGUAAGGCAAAUAUUCUACAACAUUCCAGUUUUUCAUUUUCUGAAUAAAAUGUAAUGAUGCAGUCUUUAUUACAA